AUGGCAGCCACAGUGACCAGCACCGAGGUCAAAGAGCAGCUCCGGGCCAGGUUCGCGGGGAAGAGAUUGAACGAGGUUCCGACGCCUUCCGUCGUCCUCGACCUGGCAAAGCUCGAGGUGAAUUGCCAACGCAUGCUUGAAGCAACCGACAGACUCGGCCUGCUGUGGCGGGCUCACAUCAAGUCUCACAAAACAACGGAGCUCACCCGCCUUCAAGUCGGGGACUCCCUCGGGGCCCCGGUCUCCCUAAUCGUCUCAACGAUCCUCGAAGCAGAAAACAUUCUUCCCCUCCUCAAAGAAUAUCAAUCCCGCGGCCGACCCGUCAACGUCCUCUUCUCCUUCCCCCUCUUCCCCACAGCAGUCGACCGCCUCGCAGCCUUCACCGCCGCCCUGGGCGGCGACUCCCUCUCCGUCAUGAUCGACCACCCAAGCCAGCUCCAGCCGCUGGCCGCCAUCACGCGGGCCAGCACGCACCGGCCGCUCGUCUUCCUCAAGAUCGACACCUCGUACGGCCGCGCCGGCGUGGCGCCGCCGCCCUCGUCCUCGUCCUCCGGGUCCGGGUCCGGGUCCGGGGGCGGCGCGUGUGCCGAGCUCGUUGACGCCGUGCUCGCCGCCGAGCGGGCGGGGACCUGCGUCCUGCACGGGGUGUACUCGCACGCGGGCCACAGCUAUGCCGCGCGCGACGGCUUGGACGACGUGCUGGGCUAUUUGGAGCGCGAGUUCGCCGGCUUGGCGGAGGUAGCGAGGCUGAUUGAGGCUAAGAGAAAGGAGAAGGAGAAGGAGAAGAAGUUGGUGUUAUCUGUCGGGGCGACGCCCACGGCUAUGGUUGUGCAGCAUGGCGGGUUUCUGGAGGACAGUCAAGGGAGCAGGAUGGGGGAGGUGAAGAAGUUGGUGGAGCGGUUGCGUCAGGAGGGGUUUGCGUUGGAGGUGCAUGCCGGGGUCUAUCCGACGCUGGAUCUGCAGCAGCUGGCCACGCACGCCCGAGACGCGUCGCUGAUGACGGCGGACGAUAUCGCCAUCAGUGUGGUUGCCGAGGUGGCUUCCCUAUACCCCGGCCGCGGGACCAACGGCACCACAGAAGCCCUCAUCAACGCCGGCACCUUAGCCCUCGGGCGCGAGCCCGUGGCGGACAAGGGCAAGGUGCCGGGGCAUGACUACUCCGGCUGGGGGCUGCUGAUGCCGUGGGGGCUGAAGAACCCCUUGCCCGGCCCAGAGUUCCCACGGGUGCACCAAGGCUGGCAAGUUGGACGCAUCAGCCAGGAGCACGGUAUCUUGGUCUGGCAGGGGAAGAGAGAGGACGAAGUGCCGCUUUGCUACGGGCAGAGAGUUCGGGUGUGGCCCAAUCACAGCUGCAUCACGGGCGCCUGCUUCGACUGGUAUUUGGUUGUCGAUAGUAGGAACACGGGCCGCGAGGAUGAAGUCAUCGACGUCUGGCCGAGGUGGCGUGGAUGGUGA